CAUCUGAUGUCACUGCCGCACCUGCGCAGCCAUCUUGUUCUUCGAGCGAGGGGCAGAUCGGAAGGAAGAAAAGCAGAACAAAAUAUCAGUGUUUUGCGUUAUAUGGUCAGUAAUGUCCGUCAAGUGAGUGAAUCCAACGAGAAGACAGCGCUGAGGUGUGAUCGGAAGGGGUUACGUAAACCAGAGAACGCAGCGAAAACCAGAGAAAGUCAUCCUCUUCAUCAUUUUUGACUCUGCUCACAGAGAAAAGAAUCAGAUCGCCUGCUGAACCCAACGACUACGACACAAACACACCAUGAAUCCAGAAUAUGACUACCUUUUCAAACUGCUCCUCAUCGGUGACUCUGGAGUCGGGAAGUCGUGUCUGCUGUUGAGAUUUGCUGAUGACACAUACACUGAGAGCUACAUCAGCACCAUAGGCGUGGACUUCAAGAUCCGCACCAUUGAACUUGAUGGCAAAACCAUUAAGCUACAGAUUUGGGACACUGCAGGGCAAGAAAGAUUUCGAACCAUCACCUCGAGUUACUAUCGAGGGGCUCACGGUAUCAUUGUGGUCUAUGAUGUCACAGAUCAGGAAUCAUAUAACAAUGUGAAACAGUGGCUACAGGAGAUAGACCGCUAUGCAAGCGAGAACGUCAACAAGCUGCUUGUGGGGAACAAAUGUGACCUCACCACCAAGAAAGUAGUGGACUACACAACAGCCAAGGAAUUUGCUGACUCUUUAGCAAUCCCCUUCCUUGAAACGAGUGCUAAGAAUGCCACGAAUGUGGAGCAGGCCUUCAUGACAAUGGCUGCUGAAAUCAAGAAGCGCAUGGGGCCUGGAGCGACAACUGGAGGAGACAAGCCCAACCUGAAGAUCGAGAGCACUCCUGUGCGGCAGUCUGGCGGCGGCUGCUGUUGAAGAGCCCGAGCGUACACACAUACACAACCAUCCCUUUCCCUGUCAAACGAAUUUUCUCACACACACCAAAAAAAAAAGCAUUGUCAUGGGAGGAACCACUGCAUUAAGAGGCAACGUCUAACAGCCUUACGGCUUCAUUUAUGAUGACAUAGUCUUCUUGUUUUUAUUCUCCUUAUCCAUUCCUUUUGUGUAAGACACCUCACCCCCUUUUUCCUCCCUGUGCUGAUUAAUAACCCUGCCCAUAUCCAUGUCCCCACCCUCUGUGCUUAGUCCAGGAUGGAGCUUUGGUACAGUCAUAUGUCCAUGAAUAGAAAUAAAUGAGAGCAGAUCUAGGGGCGAUUCUCAAAUCCUCCUUUUAAACAACAGGCGAGGUUGUGUUAAGAACGUUAACCUAUCUCUGUAGAUUUUCUAAUUUUCUCACAAGUCAUCCCUUGAAUGAGGUUUUGUUGGCGAAAGCAUGGCUUCUGAGGCGGAAUCGACAGGAAGUCAACUGCAUACAAGUCAGCAAUAUUCUAUACUUGUUCUCCUCCUAUUAGUAUAUUAUUGUUAUGGUGAAUUUUAAGACUGAUUUUUUUUUUUUUCUGUAGGUUUUUUUUUUUUUUUCUAAUGAAGGCUUAAUGCUGUCAUCGAUGUAGUCAGGUUGGGGAAGGGAUGUUUUUUGCUCAUAAUCUGAAUUUGGGGGGUCUAGGCUGGUCGAUGAAAGCUACUGUUCCCUCUGUUACCUCAGUGACCUCUGCUACUUUUGAAUGUUUGGCUAUCGCAGGUUCAUAAUGAAUGCAAGAACACCGUCUUGACAUGUUGAGGUUGUUUCUUAAUGUAGUCAACCGUUUUGUGGCUUUGGUUUGAAACCUCAGUUCUAUAAUUUGGUGUCGUUUUCCCAUUCUUAUUGAGUCGCUGCUACCAAAAACAGUCCAUCAUGCUUUGUUUGUGCUUUGUAUUUAUUUGCAUACGGUAAAAAUAUUUGCAUAUUUCUGAAGCACCUUAAUUUCGCCACCAAUGAAUACGUGGUAGUUCCAUGGAUCCGGUUUUUGUGUGGGAAUAUUGUGUAUUGCAUCUAGGAAUAUUGGGAUUGACUGGUCCAGUGUCGAAGACCGGAUAUGACCUCCCAUGUUCUUUAAUGAAACAUAUUCGUACACUUAGAUUCUAGCUUUCAAAUCUACCUACAGAUAGAUCUUUAAAGGUCUAGAAGCUCAUUCAGAUGUCGCCUUCGGUGUUCAAAGAGUUUUAUAUGGAUCCUGCAAUCUUGUCCACAUAGUUACAACUCAAUCUUAUCAGCAUUUUCAAACAAAAACGGCAAAUGAUUGGUCUGAUGACAGUGUUUUUGACCUGGCUGUUUUAUUAUGUACAAUGUGGAUCUAGAAACCGUAGAUAGAGUUUGUGAACUUCACUAGUAUUAGUGCGUCACUUGGUCUUAACUAGUCUCCCCAUUGUGAUAUUAUAUCAUUGUCUCUCACUGAGCCAGUGUAAUCUAGUUUUUACACAACUAACAUGCAAUGCUAAGUAACCACACGUUCUUGUCUCAUAUUGUGUGCUGGUUUUGCUUGUACUAUUUUGUAAGUGAACUGGUAACGUGGGGUUGGAGGGAGCAGUAGCAGGAAUAUGGGUGCGUGUGCAAUGGCUGGGAAGGAAGAAUGGGCAAGGGGCAACUGCGUUUGGGAACAUUCCGUUGAUUUUAAAACAGGUCCGUGUCAUGGAUCCCAUGUUAACGUCUGUGUGGAAAAAAAUAGUCUCAUUUAAAGCCCGCACUCAUGCACACACUAAACAAGUGCUUUUUUGGGAUGCGUUCAGAAGGGUCACUAGUCACUUCUCGGGACGCCUGCUGUCUUUUGAUCUAUGAAUUUAGUAUUUGGUAAUGUGUGGGGAUCGCAGAAAGAUGAAGGGUGGGGGGUGGUUACUUAUGAAUGUGAUGGAGCGUUCUUAUGCUUUUUGUCUUUUUACUUUUUACCCAUGUCAUUUGCACAUCUAAUUUUUUUGAAUUAAGACGCGGCGAUGGUAAAAUGGCAAGCACCUCUUUAGCAGUUUCCUUCUCUAAUAUACACGCUGUUUCUCUAUCGCCCUUUGCUUGCUCACCCCGGUGCUGUUUCAUAGCUGGGAUUGAUCUCGUUUUCUCUUUUCUGUACAUAUUAUAAAUAUAUAUAAUAAAAUGAUCAACAUGAGACUUAAA